AACCGAGCAAUUGGUCUGAGCCGCUUUUCUCUUUCGAUAAAGAAAGAAUAUAUCUCUCUCUCUCUCUCUAAUUUUCUUUUUUCUUUUCGUUUUAUCCUAUACAUCGCACUGACGCACUCUUCUCUCUAUCCAUCUACUCAUUCCUUCAUUCAUCUGUUUCGGUCUCAUUCGCUGACUCUUCCAUUUCGCUUCAUUCCACUUCAAGCUACUUUUGUCUUCAUCUCACCUAUGGCACCCAAGGAACACGGCCAAAGCACAACCAACGUGCGCAAAGGCUAUCAGCUGGACUCGAGUAAGUUGGAUCCGUACCUUACAAAGUCAAUCUCUGGUUUUGCUGCCCCCGUCAAGGUCUCACAAUUCAAACUGGGUCAAAGCAAUCCCACCUACCUUUUGACUGACGCAAAUAAUACACGUUAUGUCCUCCGCAAGAAGCCAGCUGGUACUCUUUUGUCCUCCACUGCCCAUGCAGUCGAGCGAGAGUAUAGGAUCUUGAAGGCUCUAGGCGAAAAAUCGGACGUCCCCGUACCUAAAGUCUACACUCUCUGUGAAGACUCGUCCAUCAUUGGAACGCCUUUCUAUGUUAUGGAGUUCUUGCAGGGUCGCAUCUUUUCAGAUGUGACAUUGAAAAAGCUUCCUUUUGAGGAACGACGUCUAUGCUGGAUCUCCGCGAUCGACACUCUCGCAAAGUUGCAUAAAGUUGAUUAUGUUGCAGUGGGUCUUGAGGGCUAUGGCAAACCCAGCGGUUUCUAUCCUCGCCAGAUUGCGUCACUUUCAAAGGUUUCAGCGGCUCAAGCAGCAGUAAAAGACGCCGAUGGUAAAGAAGUUGGUCCAAUCCCUGGCAUGGAGGAAUUGGCUGCAUGGUUCAAGAAGUAUGAAGUCAAGGAUUCAACCUCGAUCGUACAUGGAGAUUAUAAGAUGGACAACUUGGUUUUCCACCCAACAGAGCCUCGUGUCAUUGGAAUCCUUGACUGGGAACUGUCGACAAUUGGUCAUCCUUUCUCUGACCUAGCCAAUCUUGUCAACCCAUACUAUGUGCCAGCAAUGGAUGGCAACCCCAUAGGUGGUCUAAAGGGCAUCCCAGAGAAAGACUUGCCUAUCCCACCAGUCGAUGUCCUGUUAGAACGGUACUGCCAGCAAACCUCCAGACCCUUCCCAAUUGAGAAUUGGAUGUUCUGCAUCGCAUUUUCAUUCUUCAGAUUGGCGGUGAUCUUACACGGCAUCAAAGCUCGUGUCGCGCGUGGCCAAGCAAGCUCUGCAGAGGCAAUGGUCUAUGCUGCCCUAGUGGAUUCAGUUGCGGAACUUGCUAUGGAUAUCGCACAUGAAGAAGAAGCAAAAAAUAGUCCCAAAUCCAAGCUCUAAUGAACAGGACAUUUAUGCUAUGUAAAAAAA